UAGAGAAUAAGCAGUUUAGUUAUGCGAAGAAUUUAUGUCUCAUCGCAUCUUUCGAAUUUCUUGCAAAACUUUCAUAUUUUCUACUAUUUCCCGCUCUGUCAAUAAAAAAUGUCUCGAUUAAAAACAAAGGGAAUAUUAUAACGUAGAUUUAACGUAAGAUAAUAAUAAUUUUGACACUUGUUUAAUCCUAAAGUAUACGAUCGAACACACUCAAUGUUUUCCGAAUAUUUAAAAGGAGGCUGGCCAUCUUUGUACCCGGAAGCGAACAUGUCACAUCCGUCUCGAUCGCGCAAUAGUCGCGAAGAGGGGGUUAACACACAAAAUACAUAGGUUUCUUGAUGGCACAUAAGAAACUGUGAGGCCCGUUAAAUUGUACAAGAAGGAGCGUUCGCGGUGAUUAUAUACAAAUCGCGAGCACACGAAACGUUAAUGGCAGAGGAACAUGUUUAUGGUUACAAUCCGACGGUCGGGGUCGAUGGCGAUUCCGGAGACGAGACAACAAGCAAGUUGAGAUUAAAAGUAAUCGCUGGGCAUCAUUUAGCUAAGAAAGACAUUUUUGGUGCGAGCGAUCCCUAUGUACGAGUUGACUUGAAUACGAUAAAUGGUGAUCAGACAGUAGAUUCUGCACUUACAAGAACUAAGAAGAAGACAUUGAAUCCUGUCUGGGAAGAAGAAUUUAUAUUUAGGGUUAAACCAGUAGAACACAAAUUGGUCUUACAAGUUUUCGAUGAGAAUAGAUUGACAAGGGAUGAUUUUCUUGGUAUGGUGGAGUUAACAUUGAUUAAUUUACCAAAGGAACAAGAAGGUCGCGCUAUUCCUGCUAGGAAUUAUGUACUUCGUCCACGUAGUAAUCAUUCCAGUCAGCGGUCACGAGUUAAGGGAACAUUGGAACUAUAUCAUGCAUACGUUUCCGACUCAUCUAGUAUUGAAAAUGAUAAUGGAGAUGUGUCUGAUUCCGGCGGAUGGGAAUUAGUACAGCCAGAAAAUAACACUCCAGUAGAACAAGCUGCAGAUAUAACAAUGGUUACUAGGUCAUUACCACAAGGAUGGGAAGAAAGGCAGGAUGCAAAUGGUCGUACAUACUAUGUUAAUCAUAUAGCGCGUUUUACACAAUGGGAACGACCAGAACCAGAUACAACAGCAACGAGUGGAGUUGUUGAACAACGUAAUUUGGAUACAGCGGCUACUGAGUUUCAACGACGAUUCCAUAUUAGCGCUGAUGACGAAGGCAGGCACAGAAAUUCGGUAGUAAAUCAGGAUGGUGAAGUUCUACGCGAGGACGAUGAAGAUUCGGAAGCAAGAGAGUGUGAGGGUGGGGAUCAUAGGGGAGGGGGUAUUGGGGAUUCUUCAGACUCUGGACGUUCUGUCGAUCAACGUGGCUACCUUAGUGAAUCUGAAGAGCAGACUGAUGAUAAUGUUGAUAGUCCAGCUAGUUCGAGGCGUUCAUCAGAACAGAGUGAAAGUCCCAAACCUAUUCUUCCUGUAUCUAAUGAUGAAGGAUUGCCACCUGGAUGGGGCAUGCAAGUUGCACCUAAUGGUAGAAUAUUUUUUAUUGAUCACAAUGAGAGAACGACAACUUGGAUUGAUCCUAGAACAGGGAGACCAAGUUCUAUACCUAAUCAUAUUGCACCAUCAACGACACCGAGAAGUGAUAUAGAUCAAUUAGGACCGCUUCCAGAAGGAUGGGAGGAAAGAGUCCAUACUGAUGGACGAAUUUUCUUCAUAGAUCAUAAUACAAGGACAACACAAUGGGAAGAUCCACGUAUGUCUAAUCCUCAAAUUGCUGGUCCAGCUGUACCAUAUUCUAGGGAUUACAAGCGUAAAUAUGAAUAUCUAAAAUCACAGUUGAGGAAGCCUAAUAAUGUUCCUAAUAAGUUUGAAAUAAAAGUUGGACGGAACAAUAUUUUGGAAGAUUCGUAUCGUAUUAUAAGUUCUGUUAAUCGAGUCGAUAUUCUAAAGACGAAACUGUGGGUAGAAUUUGAAGGUGAAAUAGGCUUAGAUUAUGGUGGCCUUGCAAGAGAAUGGUUCUUCUUAUUGUCUAAGGAAAUGUUUAAUCCAUACUAUGGACUCUUUGAAUAUUCUGCAACAGAUAAUUAUACGCUUCAAAUUAAUCCUUGUUCUGGUGUAUGCAAUGAGGAACAUUUGAAUUAUUUUAAAUUCAUUGGACGUAUAGCAGGAAUGGCUGUUUAUCACGGCAAGCUUUUGGAUGCUUUCUUUAUUCGACCAUUUUAUAAAAUGAUGUUGGGUAAACCAAUUGAUCUGAAAGAUAUGGAAAGUGUUGAUUCAGAAUAUUAUAAUUCUCUUCUAUGGAUUAAAGAGAAUGAUCCCAGUGAGUUAGAACUUACUUUCUGUCUGGAUGAAGAAAGUUUUGGCCAUACUUCUCAAAGAGAGUUAAAGCCAGAUGGUGCUAAUAUUCCUUUGACUGAUGAAAAUAAGGAUGAAUAUAUAAGUUUAGUCAUACAGUGGCGAUUUGUAUCUCGUGUACAGGAACAAAUGAAUGCCUUUUUGGAAGGUUUUAAUGCUCUUAUACCAUCAACAUUGGUGAAAAUAUUUGAUGAACAUGAACUAGAGCUGUUGAUGUGUGGUAUACAGCAUAUUGAUGUGAAAGACUGGAAACAAAAUACUUUAUAUAAAGGAGACUAUCACGCAAAUCACAUUGUUGUACAAUGGUUUUGGAGAGUUGUUUUGUCAUUUAGUAAUGAAAUGCGUUCUAGAUUAUUACAGUUUGUGACUGGCACAUCACGUGUUCCAAUGAAUGGAUUUAAAGAACUUUAUGGUAGUAAUGGACCGCAAUUAUUCACCAUUGAGAGGUGGGGUACACCAGAGAAUUAUCCAAGAGCUCAUACUUGUUUUAAUCGUAUUGACCUCCCCCCAUAUAAAAGUUAUCAACAACUCAGGGAUAAGCUAGUUAAAGCAAUUGAAGGUUCUCAAGGUUUUGCUGGAGUCGACUAGCACGAAAUACCUUUAUUCAUGAUGAUAUCUGUAAUAUAAUGUAUAUAUUACACAUAUAUCUAUAUAGAUACACAGAGAAGUAUAUCUGUCCUAACAUGAUUACCUAUUUAAAAGUUUUUGCACUUUAAGAAUUUAGUUGUCCCGUAAUUAUGAGCAACAACAUUAGAUACAUUGGAAAUAAUAUAUUACAAAAUUAAAUUGCUUAAUUUUUCUAAAUAACUUCAAUCUUUACAUAAUAACUUCAAGUUUUUCAGCAUGUUAAACUUUAAAAAGAAAAUACCGAUUUGCUUAAUCUUUGAAAUGCUAAAACUUGCAGUUGUAUAACUAAUCUACUUUUAAAGAUAUGCCAUAUUUUUACUAUUUCAAUUUUUUAGGAUUUCUUAAGAAAAGUAAUUUGGCUGCUAUAACAAUGUGAUAUUAUGAUAUUGAU